AUGCUGGAAGUUUUGAGGGGACAAGUAUUUGUCUGUGGAGGAAAGAUGGCUUUCACAUUUCUGCCUGCCAAUUUGGAAGGGUUGUGUGUCAUGGCUACCCUAGUACCUGACAUAGAUGUUAUAUCUGGAGAUGAGCCUGUUCCCAUUCCCAGUCUUGAUUACAGUGUAGGUCAUACUAAGAGAGCAGUGCAGUUUAUUCCCCUGAUGGUAGGACUAGGGAUUUCAGGAACCCUGGCGACAGGUACUACGGAACUAGGAGUCACAGUGCAUUCUCACAACAAGCUUUCCAAUCAGCUUAUUGAUGAUGUUCAGGCAUUGUCUAGUUCUAUUCAGGACAUCCAAGAUCAAAUAGAUUCAUUAGCUGAGGUAGUUCUUCAAAACAGAAGAGGGUUAGACCUCCUAAUGGCAGAGCAGGGAGGCAUCUGUUUGGCAUUACAGGAAUGCUGCUGCUUCUAUGUGAACAAGUCCAGCAUUGUUCAAGACAAAAUUAAGAGACUACAAGAAGACCUAGUAAAAAGAAGAAGAGAGCCAUUUGAAAGCCCUCUCUGGAGUAGCUGGAAUGGAAUCCUGCCUUAUCUUCUUCCCUUGCUUGGACCAUUACUUGGACUCUUAAUUUUAUUUUCAUUAGGCCCUUUCCUUUUUAAUAAAUUGAUGGCUUUUGUCAAACAACAGGUGGAUACCAUAAAAAUGCAACCUAUGCAGAUCCAUUACCACAGGCUUGAAAUGGCUGAUAGAGAUAAUUACACGGAGCCUGCAAAACAGUAUUAUGAUAAUGCUUUGUGA